AUGGCUGCUUUGCCGGUAUCUCUUCCAGUCGCCGCCUCGGCCUUGACGGCCACCGCAGCAUAUCUGAAUGCUCGAUGGCAGGUCUCUUACGAUCUCCACUUGUUGAAGUCUAUCCUGCCCACGGUAGCAAACGUGGCAUGGUGGACUCAGCGUGAUCGUGUCAACUUCUUUUACCGCCUCGAAGACCUCGCCACCUCCAAGUCCUCAGAAAACCGCGUUUUCCUUCGUUUUGAAGACAUGACUUACACAUAUGCGCAAGCCUACGACACAGUUCUCCGCUAUGCCAAUUUUCUCAAGGAUCGCCGGGGUGUGAAGAAGGGGGAAAUGGUUGCGCUUGACUUCCAGAAUACCGACACUUUUAUUUUCUUGUUGCUGGCUUUGUGGGCUAUCGGGGCUGUUCCGGCACUUAUCAACUACAACCUCACCGGUGCGGCACUCGUUCACUGCGUCAAGAGGGCGAACGCGCGGUUGAUGCUCAUCGACCCUAUCGUGGCUGGAAACGUUGGGGAGGAUGUCAAGUCCGAGCUGAGCGGAACCAUGUUUGAAGUUGUGACACCACAGUUGGAGAGUCAGAUGUUGGCGUUUGAUGGUACCAGGCCUGCGGAUGAGCUGCGGAGUGGUGCGGCGGGCGAGGCAAUGGGCAUACUUAUUUACACAAGCGGCACAACAGGCUUACCCAAGGCCGCGAUUGUUUCUUGGGCCAAGGUUGCUGUUGUUGGUGGUUUUACAUCUCGAUUGGUUGGCACGGGCAAGAAUGAUGUGUUUUACACUGCAAUGCCCCUUUACCAUUCGACGGCUAUGCUGCUGGGAUUUGCUCACACUUUGAACGUGGGCGCUACAUUUGCCAUGAGCAGGAAAUUUUCCACUAGUCACUUCUGGGACGACGUCCGAAAACACAAUGCCACGAUCAUCCAAUACGUCGGCGAAACAUGCAGAUAUCUGCUCUCGGCCCCAACAAAAUUGGAUCCCGUCACGGGCGAGAACCUCGACAAGAAGCACAAAGUCCGGGUCGCCUUUGGAAACGGUCUUCGUCCCGACGUGUGGAAUGCCUUCAAGGAGCGGUACGGCAUUGAGACGAUUGCCGAGUUCUACGGCGCCACCGAGGGAAGUUUUGCAACAUGGAACGUGAGCAGAAACGACUUCAGCAUGGGCUCCGUAGGACGGGCUGGCGCCCUGUACAACCUGCUUGUUGGCCGGUCUAUCGCCAUCGUCGAGGUUGAUCAUGAGACGGAAUUGCCACUCAGAGAUCCCAAGACUGGAUUCUGCGUGCGGACACCGGAGGGCGAGCCAGGCGAAUUGCUCUUUUCGCUCCCGGCGAAGAAUGUAGAGGCGAGGUUCCAGGGAUACUACGGCGAUACGGGUGCCACGUCCAAGAAGAUCAUGCGCAAUGUCUUUUCGAAGGGCGAUGCUUGGUUCCGGACUGGUGAUGUGGUUCGUCGAGAUAGCGAGCACAGGAUCUACUUCAACGACCGGAUCGGCGAUACCUUCAGGUGGAAGAGUGAGAAUGUGUCGACCGCUGAGGUGGCUCAUAUCCUGGGACUUCAUCCAGGAAUCCAAGAGUCAAAUGUGUAUGGCGUAGAGAUUCCGGGACAUGAGGGCCGGGCUGGAUGCGCAGCCGUGGUUUUCAAGCCCUCGGCUUUGGGACAUGACGGUGUUCCUACCAGCGAGACGCUCAAGACGCUGGCGGAGCAUGUAAUGGCCAACCUGCCCAGAUACGCGUUGCCUCUUUUCCUCCGAGUCGCCAAGGAUGGGUCGCUCGAGAGCACCGGGACAAACAAGCAGCAAAAGGUCGGCCUGCGAAACGAGGGCGUGGAUCCUAGCAAGACUGGCAGUGAUGAUAUCUUCUGGUUGAAGGGGGCAUCAUAUGAGAGGUUUGGGCCGAAUGAUUGGAGCUCGCUGCAGGGCGGCAAGGUGAAGCUUUGA